UCUCCUGGUUCUCACUCUUCAUUUUUUUCUGCGCUUGUGGGGAAUUUUUCUGAAAUUGCGCUUGAAAGUGCGCUUUUGGCUGUUAUUUGUGGUGCCAACUGAACGUUGAAAAGUGGAGAUGAAUUCUACCGCUUUCAAUCAAACGGAGAGCUCAGGACUUUUCAAUAAGACUGAAGAUAUUUUUUGUUGUAACUUUUCAUCAGUGGUGACUGAUAAUGGUUUCGUGGCGCCGACUCCGGAUGAGAGAAGUCUCUUUCUCAUGAGAGUUGUCCAGAUUGCCGUUAUGUGCGUGUUAUCGCUCACGGUGGUUUUCGGUAUAUUCUUUUUGGGCUGCAACCUUCUCAUUAAGUCAGAGGGAAUGAUCAACUUUUUGGUGACGGACAGAAGACCAUCCAAAGAGGUAGAAACAGUCAUUGUUGGGGCAUAUUAGUAGCCCAAAAAGCGCUUUUGGAGACUUUGUCAAAAUGAUUUGUCCUACCACUGAUGCCCAGAUGAUUAAUCCAGUUUUCACCAACAGCAGAGACGGAGCUCAAUUUU